GCUAGUUACUCACGCGUCAGUGGCCAGUGCGCAGGGACUCGUGGCGACGCGACAGCGACGGCUACCACUUCAACAAGUAGCUCGGUGUCCGAUUAUACUGCGAUGGUCGAGGCUCACACGGCUUUAGUCGCUCUCGCCGAUGGAUCCGAAAGCUACGACUACAGUGCUGUACGUGCGCGCCGAGGACCUUACGGACGACGUCGACGUCAUGCCCGCCUCGGUCCUCGACGACAUUCGCCUCCACACGCGCUUCAUCUGGUGGUCGCUGCUCUUCCUCAACGGCAGCUGCCUCUGGGCCUACUACUCGUGCUUGUCGGCGCAGACGUACUACGCCGCGCGGUUUGUCAACACGACGUUCCGGUUCGAGUACCUCACGACGCCGAUCUCGACAUGGCCCAUGUUCCUCGGGCACUUGGUGCAAGUGCUGCUCGGGCUCGACUCGAAGCUUGGCGUGCUCUGGCGCGUCCGCGUCGGCUACAGCCUCUACCUUCUCUCGGCGCUCGCGAUCGUCCUCCAAGACGUGUGCAAUGUGUCCCCCGACGUGGGCGGUCGCAUCGUCUUGGUUGCGUUUGGCACCGUCGGCUUUUCCAACUCGCUCACGGAAGCCACGUUCUACGCGCUCUCGGCGCUCUUCCCCGAAGCCAUCUUCACCAACGCCAUGCAGCUCGGCAAUGGCACGUCCGGCAUCCUCAACAUCUCGCUCAACACGCUCAUCCAGCUGUGCGUCGGCGGGCUCGAUCCCCCGACGCAUGCACUCCACGAGAUCCAGCAGGUCUCGUUCUACAUCUUCUUCAGCAUCUUUAUGCUGGUCUGCUUCCUUGCGCUCAUCGUGUACCACGAGCUGCUGCGCAUUCCGUCGCUCAUCUACCUGGUCGCGCGGACCAAUGCGACGACUGCGUCCCGGCGCGAGGCGCUGCCGGCGACGUGGGCCCGUCUCGGGCGCAUCACCCACGUGCUCUUUCUGCCGCUCGUGAGCCAGUGCCUCAUCUUCGUCGUCUCGCUAGUGAGCUUCCCCGGCAUUGGCAUCUCGUCCGGGUACCAGCUCGCCAACGGUGCGAGUUGGGCCAACUGGUAUGUCAAUGGCGUGCUUCUGAGCUACAAUUACGGCGACUUUGCCGGCCGCAUGCUCGCGCCCAAGCUCUACCCGUACUUUACUCUGCACUCGUGCUUUUGGUGGACGAUCGCGCGCGGUUUGCUGUUCCUUGCGCUCCUCGUGGGGCUGCCUGGGGACGGCCAUAACCCGCUGUACCUGCUGACCGAGGCGCACGCCUUGAAUGUAGUGUGGCAGCUGCUCGUGAAUCUACUCCUCGGCCUCUCGACCGGCGUCCUGAGCACGAUCACGAUUGGCCUCGGGCCGCGCUUGCUGCCCCAAGAAGACCGCGAGUCGGCCGGCGCCAUCAUGUGUCUCGGUCUCUUCCUCGGCAUUUCGUCUGGCGCGACCAUUGGCCUCGAGAUUGGCCAGCGCCAUUGGCUUGGCGCCUAGUCGAUGCGUUGCUACGUGAGUGUACAUGAUGUCUAACUAACUUUGUAUAAAGUCGGCGGUUUAUUUGGGA